AUGGCCACACUGCGGCAGGAGAAAGUCGAUUUUAUUACGCAAAAGCUAGCGGAGGCGUACACAAGUCGGCCUCGCUCCACUGCGUUUCAUGGGGGCUCAAAGCCUUCCGACUUUUAUAGCAUGGGACUUCCCUCCAGUCUAACGAAGAGUAUGGAUACGGUCCACUCUCGCUUAGCUUCUGCCAAGAUGACCUCCAUAAACCCUAAAAAGUCCGUGUCAGUCUUGGCGGAAGCAAAUCACGAAUAUAACGGAAUGGACCACAAUCUCUUCCUCGCCGUGCAUCACAGCUCCAAUCUCAAUGACGACAAGAGACUAGAAUCAGUUAUAGCUGCAAGGAUCAAGGACUCUCAGAGACCUAUCAGUACCACUAGACCGAUGGGCUCUGCUGCCUCUACAAUAGGGAUCACAUCUGUUUACGAGCAAAAAGCCCCUGACUCUGCACGCCUGUUUGAUGGAGCAACGGCUUCGAGCCAUUCGCGGCUGUCAACCAAGACUAUUGACAGCCCCGCUGUGUCCAGGCCGACGUCAAGCCUCUCUCAGUCUGGGUACACAAAGGGCACCGUCAUAACCGUGUCGCGUGAAGCACACGAAGCAAUGGAGGCCAACCGUGAAGCUCAUCAAGAUCAGCUUCAGACACCCGCAGGUGGCUCGCGAACAGAUGCAAGUUUACACAAGUAUAGGCAGGGAGGCUCAAGAUCCAGUUCACGAAGAGAGUCGCGGACAGGGUCACGUGUCCCAAGCGCCAUAAGAAAGUCGACUGCACUGGAUAUAGAUGCACUUGUGGUAGAUGAUGCGCAUUCCGGGGCACUUCAACAGAUCACAGACGCUGACAAGCAGGAUGUUGCGGUAUCUCCCCAGGAAUCAGGCAGCUUGACUGUCCUUCCAUAUGCGCCCCAUGUCCGUCCGAUUCAAAAGCACGUUACACUCAAUCGGUUGAACGACGGUCUCCGCAUUCUUCGAGAGACAAAUAUGAGGUAUGGGCUGGGGAAUAUGGAGCCAAACAACCGUCCCAUAAUAGCCAACCCAGCGCUGACAGUUGCUGGCAUAGUACAGCCGAUUCAAUCUGUACUAACAGAGCAAAUGAUGAUAGCGUCCUCCGAUAUCUCCCUCCAGAUGAAAGAAAUGACCAUGGCUGCCUCCGGGAUUAACUUUUCUAAGCUCUCGGAACAAGAGCGAGACUCACUGGACACACAGUACAUAGCGUUUGGGAAAAUCGCAAAGCCUCCCAGCGUUACGGCCAUAGCACAGCUUAGUGAGGAAGAUCUAGCUGAAUUUGCUAGGAGAAGAAGUAAGAGCGGAGCACGAGGGAGCUCGGCCAAAUCCGCAAUGUCUGGGGCGAGUGCUCGCCAGAGAAGCGCUGCUAUUCACAUGGGAUACGCACGCAUCUCAGAUAAGAUCAAGCUAGAAAAGGCCAAGUUACUGAAGCAACAGCAGCACCAAGAGGUCGGCUCUGCUUCGGAGACCAGGACAGGCAUAAAGAACACCGUGAGCUAUCAGACCGCGACGUCUCUUGAUGGAAGCCAGCGCCUCAGGGGGUAUUCUGCAGCUGCCGCAUCCAAUAUGCUGUCGAGUACCAUGGUAUCAGCCCCAGAGCUCAAUAGCAAUGUUGUCCAAGAGAACGUUGGGCCGAUACAAAUGAGUCCAGAACAAGAGGAGUUCAGUAUGAGGGUUAUGGCUAGCUCUGUGCGGCGAGACUCUGGCUUUAGCCCAAUUUAUGGGUUCCGCCCCCCGAACAUCCUUUCUGACAACUCGUCCAAAGCACGCGUUGACUUAAGUGGGUGUCUCGGUAGUUGCUAA